UCCAGGUGACGUCACGAGACCGCCGGCGGACACGCUGCUGCCUGGCUGCGAGCACUCGGGCAUGGCGGCCGCGGGCGCUACUUUGGGACCGUUGGUGGCAUCCCUCUACGACGUGCAGGCUUUGAAGUUUGGGGACUUCGUGCUGAAGAGCGGGCUCACCUCCCCUGUCUACAUCGAUCUGCGGGGCGUCAUAUCUCGACCGCGUCUUCUGAGUCAGGUUGCAGAUAUUUUAUUCCAAACUGCCCAAAAUGCAGGGAUCAGUUUUGACACUGUAUGUGGAGUACCUUACACAGCUUUGCCAUUGGCUACCGUUAUCUGCUCAACACAUCAAAUCCCAAUGCUUAUGAGAAGGAAGGAAACAAAGAACUAUGGUACUAAAUGUCUUGUAGAAGGAGCUCUUAAUCCAGGAGAAACCUGUUUAGUCAUUGAAGAUGUGGUCACUAGUGGAGGUAGUGUUUUGGACACUGUUGAAGUUCUGCAGAAGGCGGGUCUGAAGGUCACUGAUGCUGUAGUGCUGCUGGACCGGGAGCAGGGCGGCAGAGACAAGCUACAGGCCCAUGGGAUCCGUCUCCACGCGGUGUGUACAUUGUCCCAAAUGCUGGAGAUUCUCGAGCAGCAGCAAAAAAUCAAUCCCGAGGUGGUCAAGAGAGUGAAGCAGUUCAUUCGGGAGAAUGUGUUUACAGCUACUCAACAGAAUGGCUCUCUCCUCCGUAUGAGCAAAGCACCAGAGGAGCUCAGCUUCGCUGCUCGGGCAGAGCUGCCGGGCAUCCACCCAGUGGCAUCAAAGCUGCUGAGGCUUAUGCAGAAGAAGAAGACCAACCUGUGUCUGUCUGCUGAUGUUUCAGAGGCCAGAGAGCUGGUGCAGCUGGCAGACACCUUGGGGCCCAGCAUCUGCGUGCUGAAAACACACGUGGAUAUUUUGGAUGACUUCACUCUGGAUGUGAUGAAGGAGCUGACCGCCCUGGCGAGACAGCAUGAGUUCUUAAUAUUUGAAGACCGAAAAUUUGCAGAUAUAGGAAGCACAGUAAAAAAGCAGUAUGAGGGUGGUGUCUUUAAAAUAGCAUCCUGGGCAGAUAUCGUAAAUGCCCACGUGGUUCCGGGCUCAGGAGUGGUGAAGGGCCUGCAGGAGGUGGGCUUGCCUCUGCACCGGGGCUGCCUGCUCAUUGCAGAAAUGAGCUCUGCUGGCUCCCUGGCCACUGGGGACUACACGAAUGCUGCGGUUAGAAUGGCUGAGCACCAUUGUGAAUUUGUGAUUGGUUUUAUUUCUGGGUCCCGAGUAAGCAUGAAACCAGAAUUUCUUCACUUGACACCAGGAGUUCAACUAGAAGCAGGAGGAGAUCAUCUUGGCCAACAAUACAACAGUCCCCAAGAAGUCAUUGGCAGACGAGGUUCUGACAUCAUCAUUGUGGGGCGAGGCAUACUUUCUGCACCUAAUCGCCUGGAAGCAGCAGAGAUAUACAGAAAAGCCGCUUGGGAAGCAUAUUUGAGUAGACUUGCCGUUUGAGUGCCUCAGAUACGAUUAUGUGAAGACAUUGAAGAUACGUGGCUUCUGCAAAUCGCUGGCUUGAGAUGAGCUUUUAAAGCAUAUGUUUAAGCUCAUUUUUUUGUUUAGUCUGGUAUUUGUUAGGCACAGCUAUGGAAGACCCCAUCUGUAGCUGGAGCUAAAUGUACUUACUCUGCGAAUGAGGUACUGGGGACUAAACCCUGGCUGUUUGCACUGAGCUAUGUCCCCAGGCCUCUUUUCUAUUUUUGAUACAGAGUCUCACUAAGUGGCCCAGGCUGGAUUCAAACUUGUGAUCCUCCGGCCUUGGACUCCCAGAGUGCUGAGAUUAUAGAUGUGUGCCACCACACCCAGCUUGUUCUUUUAAUGGUGGUGAGACAGUUUUAAAUGUGUGUCCUUUACUUUGUCUGAUAUAUUGUUCAGAUCAUGUCUAACAGCUGUUUAUCUCUUACAAGUGCCGAGUGUUGCCACCAGUCUGUAAUCGCAGAACUCUGGGAGGCUGAGGCAACAAGAUCUAAAAAAAUUAAAAGGUGGAAAGUUC